CUCCCCUGCUUUACUGUGUGCUAAUGCUUUCAUACUUCCCCUGUUUUUCAAUCUCUCUCUCUCUCUCAUUAUUUUUUCACCGUUCUCUUCUCUUUCCUCUGUAGGCAUUGAAAACAGAGGAAGGGGAAACAACACAUAAAAACAGAGAGAGAGAAAACAGAAAAGAGAAAGAGAAAGAGAGUGAGUAAAAAAAUCACAACAACAAUAAAGCACUCACUCACUUACUCACUCGCUCACUCACCCACCCACCAUGCGAAUCUGAAGAGAACAGAAUAACUCAUUUCUCUCUCUCUCUAUCUUCUUUUCGCGUUCUCAAUGGCCAUUCAUUGAGAACAAAACAAAAAACCUAAAAGGAAAAAAAUAAGAGUAAGAGUAAGGUCUUUGUUUUAUCUGUUAUUACUUUGAUGAAUGGCGGAACCAAACGGCGACGUUUUCCAGUGGCUGAAGUCGAUGCCGUUAGCGCCGGAGUACAGGCCGACGCUAACGGAAUUCCAAGAUCCGAUCGCCUACAUUUUCAAGAUCGAGAAGGAAGCUUCCAAGUACGGAAUCUGCAAGAUCAUACCGCCGUUUCCACCGCCGCCGAGGAAGGUUGCAAUUGCCAACUUCACUCGCUCGCUGACUAAGCCCGACGAGCCUAACUCAAAGCCUACAUUCACCACUCGCCAGCAGCAGAUCGGGUUCUGCCCCCGCCGGCCCAGGCCCGUUCAGAGGCCCGUGUGGCAAAGCGGUGAGAACUACACUUUUCAGGAAUUCGAGGCUAAGGCCAAAGCAUUCGAGAAGAGCUACCUCAAGAAGCAUCAUCUUCACCACCAAGGCCACCGGAAGGGAGGAGGAGCUGGUGGUGGUUCCGGUGGCCUAGGGCCUCUCGAGGUGGAGACGCUGUUCUGGAAGGCGACCGUUGACAAGCCGUUCUCGGUGGAGUAUGCGAACGACAUGCCGGGCUCGGCGUUCAGCCGGAAAUGCAGGGAGGAGUGUGCGGCGGCGCUAGCGGAGUCGGCGUGGAAUAUGAGGGAGAUUUCGAGGGCGAAUGGUUCGUUGUUGAGGUUCAUGAAGGAGGAGAUACCUGGUGUUACUUCUCCUAUGGUGUAUUUGGCUAUGUUGUUCAGCUGGUUCGCUUGGCAUGUUGAGGACCAUGACCUCCAUAGCUUGAAUUACCUUCACAUGGGUUCUGGGAAGACCUGGUAUGGCGUGCCGAGAGAUGCAGCCGUGGCGUUCGAAGAUGUUGUUAGGGUUCAUGGAUAUGGCUCUGAGAUUAAUCCUCUUGUUACUUUUUCUACUCUUGGCGAGAAAAACACAGUGAUGUCACCUGAAGUAUUGAUAAACGCAGGUGUUCCAUGCUGCAGGUUAGUUCAAAAUGCUGGGGAAUUUGUUGUGACUUUUCCAAGAGCUUAUCAUACAGGGUUUAGUCAUGGUUUUAAUUGUGGAGAGGCAGCCAACAUUGCAACGCCUGAAUGGUUGAGAGUUGCAAAAGAUGCUGCUAUUCGGAGGGCUUCAGUAAAUCAUUCUCCUAUGGUUUCACAUUUCCAGUUACUUUAUGACCUAGCCUUAGCUUUGUGUUCUAGGUUUGUCUUCUGCUAUUAUGGCUUCUUACUUUUUGGCUGUAACAGGGUGAUGCUGAUAUCUUACCAGAACUACAUUUUCUUUUCUUUUUGUUUGAGUAGAUUGAUGCCGUUGUUAACAGUACCUUAUGGACUUAAUGUCCACUCCACUAAUAUGAUUUGCUCAUACACGUGUUCUCUCCUUAAAGAUAAGAAGAGGGGUGAAGGGGAAACUGUAAUUAAAGAACUAUUUGUCCAGGAUGUGUCACAGAACAAUGAUCUGCUUCAAGAACUCAGCAAAGGAUCUGAGAUAAUACUUCUACCUCGUAGCUCAUUUGACAUUUCUCUUUGCUCAAAAUUACGUUCUGGAUCCAAACAGCGAAAAGUGAACUCUCGAUUUUCCCUUGGUGCAUGCAACUCCGAGGAAAUGAAUUCCUCAAAAGGUUUUGUUUCUGAUGAUCUGGCGUUCAGCAUGAACAGAGGAAUCAAGCAAGAAGGUUCCCUUUCUAUAAAAGACAAGAUUACUUCAUUGUGUGAAAGGAGCAUGAUUUCUUCAUAUGAUGUAAAUGGCAACAUCUGCUCUUCAAGUUCCAAGCCACUUCAAGGUGACAAUGAAAGAGAAAGUGGUGAAGGGGAUGGAUCGCCAGAUAAGAGACUUUUUUCAUGUGUCACAUGCGGAAUAUUGUGCUUUCCUUGUGUAGCUAUUGUACAGCCUAGAGAAUCUGCUGCUAGAUAUCUCAUGUCAGCUGAUUGUAGUUUCUUUAACGAUUGGGUCGUUGGUUCUGGAGUGUCUAGCAAAAAGUUUAUUGUCCAUGAAGAAGCGGCUUUUCCUGAAUCAAGUAUGUAUGCAGGGUGGACAGAAAAGAAGACCCAAAAUGGAUUGUAUCAGGAUCCUGUUCAAUCUGCCCAGUAUCAGCUACUGACUGCUGAGCGUAAUUAUGCGGAGUCCCUUAAUUCUGAUAGAGGAAAAAGCAAUACAGCUCUUGCAUUGUUGGCUUCAACAUAUGGAAAUUCUUCUGACUCUGAGGAAGAGCAGGGUGACUCAGAUAUUGUAGUUGAUGGUCAUGAAUCACCUGUGAUUAAUGCCACAUUAGGAGGAUCACCAUCUAAUUUUCAAGAUGCCUGUGCUAUUCCCCCGACUGGACCUGAUAGCAGAAAUGAUUUUAGUCAUCAAUCUUUUGACCACUCUUUAGAAAAACAGGAUUCUGAUACUGCUUCAGGGCUUGCAUUAAAAAAUAUGAGGGCAAUGUAUACCAAUGAUACUGAAAAAGCAUUGUUGGGCAAGGCUAUGGUUCCCAAUGAUGAUAAAAAUGCCUCUGUGAUCCCACAAGGUGAUGAAGACUCAUCUAGAAUGCAUGUCUUCUGUCUGGAGCAUGCUGUAGAAGCAGAGCAGCAACUUCGCCCAAUAGGUGGAGCCCACAUAAUGCUCCUAUGUCAUCCAGAUUUCCCCAAGAUAGAGGCUGAAGCUAAGCUUGUAGCAGAAGAUCUUGGGAUUGAUUACCUGUGGAAGAAGAUUGAGUACAGGCAUUCCAGCAAGGAGGAUGAGGAGAGGAUCCAGGUAGCCCUGGAUAGUGAGGAAGCUAUUCCUGGGAAUGGGGACUGGUGUGUGAAGCUGGGAAUCAAUCUUUUCUACAGUUCAACUCUUAGCCGUUCUCCUCUUUACAGUAAGCAGAUGCCUUACAAUUCUGUCAUAUAUUAUGCAUUUGGCCAAAGCUCUCCAGGAAGUUCACCAUUAGAACCAAAGGUCUAUCAGAGAAGGGUUAACAAGCAGAAAAAGAUAGUUGCUGGGAAAUGGUGUGGUAAAGUUUGGAUGUCCAGUCAGGUACAUCCUCUUUUGGCCAAAAGAGAUUCUGAAGAUGUUGAAGAUGAGAAAAGCUUACAUGGGUGGGGAUUACAUGAUGAGAAAAUAGAGAGAUCAGGAAGCAUCCCUAAAAGCGAAACUAGUGCCAGAAAAUCAGGUAAGAAGCGGAAAAUGACUAUUGAGAAUGGAAGAGCCAGGAAAGGCAGUUUUGCUGAGAGAGAUGUGGAUUUGGAUAAUCCAACUGAAGACAAACCUAACCAACAGCUGAGGAGGACUCUUAGAAGUAAGCAAGCCAGGGAUAUUGAGAGUGAAGGUGCUGAUUUGGAAGGGGAUUAUUCUCCCCCAUAUCAUCAUAGAAAACCUUUAAGUGACCAAACAAAUUGCACAGGAAGUGAUGCUGUUUCUGAUGAUUCACUUGAUGAUAAAUUUAUUGACAAUGAUGUGCUUUCGGAUGAUACAAUGGUCUAUGAUUCUGAUUGCCAUCAGAGAUUUGAACAUAGCAGCAUGCAAGUUGAAGACAUAGAAGAUGCAGUUUCUGAGGAUUCAUUGGAUGACAGUUCUCUUCAGCUUCAUAGGAAGAAUUCUAAAAGCAAGCAUGCCAGAUACAUUAGAAAAGGCAGAUGCAUUGCUGAGAAAGAGGAAAUGAUGUCUGAUGACCAAUUGGAGCCACACAAGAAGAAGAAGCAACAGAGGAAUCCUAAAAGCAGGCAAGCAAAAUACCUUGCAAGAGAAGAUGCUAUAUCACAUGGUCAAUUGGAGGGACAUUGUCGCAAGUAUAGAAAGACUCCUAAAGGUAGACUGGCCAAAUAUGUAGCAGGGGAAGAUGUAUCAUCUGAUGAGCAAUUGGAGAAUUACAGUCGGAAGCAGCAAACAAGUCUUCCUAAAAGGCGGAAAAACAAAGGUGUAUUGACUGAUGACCAAUUGGAGGACCAUUUUCAGAAGCAGCAAAAGAGUGUUUCUAGGAGAAGGCAAAACAAAGGCAUUGAAAGAGGGGUUAAAGACGAAAUGUCUGAUGACCAAUUAGAGGAUCACGUUCAGAAGCAGCAAACUAGUGUUUCUAGGAGGAGGCGAAACAAACAAAUUGAAAGAGAAGAUGUGAUGUCUGAUGAUGAAAUGGAGGAUCACAUUCAGAAGCAGCGGAGUAGUAUUCCUAGAAAUAGGCAAAACAGUAAUUCUCAUCUGGUCCAUAAAACUCCUAAACGAAAGCAAGCGAAAUGCGUUGAUGAUGAUGAUGGUGAUGAUGAUGAUGUAAAUUCUGAUGAUGAAGUGGAAGAUGAUUCUCAGCAGAAGCAGCAGAGAACUCUUAGAAGUAAGCAAUCAAAACCAAUGACACUUAAGCAGAUGAAGCAAGCUCGCUCUCUCCAAAUGAAAAAUCAGACAUCCCGGCCUGUAAAACGAGGUGCUCAGACACUUAAGAAAUUAAAGGCAUCUCAGAUGCGGAAUAAGCAAUCUGGUAAAUCCAGAGAGUUUAGUUUGAAAAUGGAAGAGGGGGAAGAAGGUGGACCUAGCACACGCCUUAGGAAGAGAGCCCCAAAAGUCGAGGAGUCUGAUGGAAUAUCAAAAGAAAAGCAAACCAAAAAGAAAAGGGUGAAGAAUGCUACAUCUGCAAAGGCAGCUAGCAAUGCUAAAGUGAAGGAUGAGGAAAAUGAAUUCCAGUGUGACAUUGAUGGCUGCACCAUGAGUUUUGGGUCAAAACAGGAGCUGAUGCAUCACAAGAGAAAUAUAUGUCCUGUAAAAGGUUGCGGGAAGAAGUUUUUCUCGCACAAAUAUCUGGUGCAGCACCGACGAGUUCACGAGGAUGACCGCCCAUUGAAGUGCCCUUGGAAGGGCUGCAAGAUGACUUUCAAGUGGGCAUGGGCUCGUACAGAACAUAUUCGAGUCCACACUGGUGCGCGACCAUAUGUAUGUGCCGAGCCAGGCUGUGGGCAAACAUUCAGAUUUGUGUCUGAUUUCAGUCGCCAUAAGCGUAAGACUGGGCACUCAACAAAGAAGAGUCGCUAAUAUCAAUUGGAGUAGAUGUUGUUGUUACUUUAACAUGGUUUAUGAAUUUAUGAAUCCAUUGCUCAAUUGACCAUUCUAGGACUAGGUUUUAUUAACAGUUUAGGAUAUCCCUGCAAUUGCCAUUUAGAGUAACUAUUAAUUCUGUUUCUUUUUGGGUAUUUUUAACCCAUUUGUUUAUUCUAAUUGAAGCAAUUGCUUAGAUUUGGAAACAUGAUAUUCAUCCAAUUCUAUCACAUGCAAAUGUUGUUCCAACAUUUAUGUACAAUCCUUAUGAAUUUGUUCCAGUGGCACUUCCCCUGGUUAAGGUGUAUUUUGGUAGGGGUGUCAUUUUGUAGAUGAUUGCUGAAUUUAGAGUAGAUUUAUUAUUAUUUUUUAUUUUCA